AUGGAUUCAAAUGAAACCUUCCACGGUAAAGAUUCUAGUAAGACUAUUAUUUUGUGGAAAAAUGAAAUUCCUCUGGAAAAGUGUGCGUCUGUAUCAUUGCUCGAAAACCUCUACCAACAUGAUGGUCAUUUAUGCAAAGUACCCACCGGAAUAAGUGAACACUUUUCAAAUUCGGUAAUAAAAACCUGCGAAAAUUUCGUGAAUGGAGUGAUUGCAUAUUCCAAACAAGCGGUGCAGUGCUACUUACGAAGAAAUAAAUUAGAAUAUUCCAAUCCAGCAGACUAUAACAGUGAAAAUAUAAUGAUUAAUAUGAACGCCGUACAAGCRUGCAAAGACGGGGCUAACUUAGAUUCCAAUAAUUAUUCAUUAUUUUCUAACCCGAGUUGGCUCAACGAAAACGGAAUUUUCGACGACCAAGUAGCAAUAACAAAUAUUUGCUGUUAUAUAAAACAGCAUUGGAACUUGGAAAUAAAGUACUUAUACACUGUUGAGAAGUCAUCAUUAAAAAUGUGUGACAUUUCUUGUCACGGUUACAAGGUACCCAUCGCCGACAACAAGAUGUGUCAGCUAGAUGACUACAAUUAG